CCGAGAUUGACAUUGCUUCGACCCGCUGCUCAGCUCCCCCAAUCUCCCCCAACAUAUUCAGAAGGGACGGCAGAGGAGAUGCCGCCGACAUGAGCGGCCUGUUGAUCAGUUACAUAACCAUUCGAUCUACUUAGACCGUAUUCAACAUCGAUGCAGAUUCAGGUCUCUGAUCCCACCAUGGCCUCGACCAUGGGCAUGAGUUUGGACAACCGCCGAGCCCGGCUUCAUCAGCUUGCUGCCGAAUGGGGUAUCCACCCAUUGCCGCCGGUGGCCCCGCCGUCUCCGGCCCCACAGUCCCGGACACCGAACGACGAGUUCCACGCCGAAGAGCUGCUUAAAAGACGGCGCAUGUCGGUAAUCCAAGAAAAGCCAUCCCAAGGCACCCUCAAACGAGCUUUCAGCUCCAACAGAAAAACAUGGGAGCCGAGCGAAAUCUUCGAGGCGCUCAAUGCCCACGUAGCCAAUGGCGGAGCACCGGGCGUCGCCGACGCGCUCAUCGCGAAGCUGUUGUCGGUCGGCGGUAACCUUAACGUGGCGAAUGGCAAGAGCAAAACCAACCUGCUCACCAGGCGAAGGAGCACAGAAAAUAUGGAACGCAGCAGAGUGCUGCAAAAGGCCGUCGAGAAUCGCCAGGCCGACAUGGUUGCUGUCCUGGCCCAGCACGCAGACCCUCUCACUCUUGAUCGGGCACUGCCCCUGGCACUACGAGCGGGUGACCUCGCCAUGGUCCACCUAUUGCUCAGCAGGGGUGCAAACGUGUCACAGACACAGGAUGCCCUGGACGCAUUCCGCCAGAUAUGCAUCAUGGGCGGGAACGCCGACCUAGUCGGGUUGGUUCUCCAGUCCGAGGGGCCUCCACCGCCGAGCUGGCUCUCAAUGUGCAUGGUCGAUGCUGCUCGGAAGGGGUGUCUUCAGACCGUUCUAAGGCUGAGCCGGUCUUCCGCCGACUGCGAAUACAACAAGGCCGAAGCCCUGAGAGCUGCGACAGCCCAGUGCAGGGUAGACAUCGCACUCGCCAUUCUCACAGCAGCAAAGCCCCCAACCACCGGAGGCCAAGGCAUUCUGGAGAGCUUUGGUCUGCUUCUUCAGCACGCCACCGUCGGUCCAAACGAGAAACUGGCCCUCACAGAAGCUCUGCUGUGCGCUGGAGCCUCAGGCGAUCCUGUCUCAGUGCUGCUUUCGCAGGCUUGCGCAAACGAGUUCCACGACAUGAUCACUCUUCUCGUCUCGUACGGAGCCUCCGUCGAGUUCCAAGAUGCCAGCAUUGUGCGUAACGCUGUUUCGAGGGGACAAAGCACUCUUGUGCACUUGCUGCUGGGAGACUCGACCAUCCUCAAUCCGAUCUACGCAUCGCAGUGCGUCACGAGUAUCCCCAAAGCAAUAGCGCCAGAAGACCGCUAUGCCAUACUCAGCCUGCUCUUGAAGAAGGGUGCUGCAGGAACACCGUUGCACGAUGCUCUGGUCGACGCCGUCAAGGCCGGCGAUCUGCCAUCCGUACAGCUCUUAACAACACCCCAAUUUCCGAGCCCCCGGCCGUCGACGAAUCCAAACCGCCGCAGCAGCCUUCCCGGAAUGGUAUACAUUCGACACGAGAUGGCUUCGGUGGACCACAAGAGCGGUCUUGCACUCGACAUCGCAGUGCAAACGGGGAACCUGCCGAUGGUAAAGCAGCUUUUGGCCGGCAAGCCGUCCACCAAGACGCUCGACCAGGUGUUUUCCUCGGCUCUAAAACUCGAACCCGCCGUCCGUUACGAUAUCGUGGAAUGCUUCCUCACCGCCGGUGUCUCGCGUGCAAGCGUUUCUGCGGCACUGCAGCAGGCUGUCGAGGAACAACCCCCACAUCGGGACGAGAAUCUGAUUAGCGUCUUGCUGCGACAUGAUGUUGAUGUCAACUUUAACGACGGCGCUGGGAUCCUCGCAGCAAUCACCAUCCGAGACCUGCCAUUGCUUGAAACACUGCUCAAAAGCAAACCCGCGCCCCAAACCAUGGCCGCCGCUGUUGCUCGUGCCAUGGUAGUGGAGGAGAAGCCCGUCCGCUAUGAAAUGAUGAGAAUGCUCAUCGGUGCUGGAGCGGGUCGGGCCGGGACCGAGGUAUCCGAGGCACUCACACAACUCCUACCUGUCAAGCCAACGGACAUGCAGCUAGCAACCUUGCUGCUCGAGCUGGGAAGAGCAGACGCAAACUUCAAUCAAGGCCUCCCCCUCUCCAUAGCUGUGACCGACGGCGAUCCCGCCUUGCUCGACCUCAUCCUCCGCCACGGCCGGCCCAAUCCCGACAGCAUCUACCGCGGCCUCGAGCUCGUCGCCGGCCUCUCCACGGACCCUUCCAAACCUGCCAAGCUUGCCGCACUCCUCCGCUACAGACCCACUCCCGAGUUCCUCAACGCGAUUCUCUUCAAGGAAGUCCAAACCCUGCUCGCCCUCCCGCCCGCCUCCCGCUCCCUUACCUCCCUCCGCGCCCUGCUGGCCGCAGGCGCCGAUGUCAACGCCCACAAAGCCGCUGCUCUCUGCUGCGCGGUCAAGGCCGCCGACGCCCCCAUAGUCGACCUGCUCUUCGGCGGCGGCGGCGGCGGUGGCGGCGCUUCCCUGACCGCCCGACCAUCUCCGGCCUCGCUGGCCGCCGCCCUCCCGCAGAGCCUCAACAUCUCCGACCCAAUGGACCGACUCGCCUUCACACAGCGCCUGAUCCGCGCCGGCGCGCCACCCGCCGAGGCAACCAGGGCGCUGAUCUACGCCAUCACCGCGCACCCGGCUGACCUGCCGCUGAUUACGCUCUUGGCCGGGCACGCAGACCAUCAGUCCCUCCCCUCCGGGAAGAAGCAAGGAGGAGCAUUGCUGGUGGCGGUCGAGGGAGGCAAUGUCGAGGCUGUCGAGGUCGUGCUCGAGAAGGGCGCCGGGCGGUACGGGAAGGCCGUCCUGGGGGCAGCGCUGAGGGAGGCGGUGAGCGCGCAGGUCGUUCCGGACGGGAACAAGAGGGUGGGGAUCACCAAGGCGCUGCUUAAGCGCGGGGUGGACGCGGGAGCGCUGGGGGAUGCGUUGCUUGUCGCGGCGAGGGAGGGGGAUCUGGAGCUAGGGAGGCUCCUGGUGGAGCACGGUGCGAGUGUCGAGCAUCGCGAGGGCCAGGCCAUCGUCGAAGCCUGUUCCGGGGGCUCGGCCGAGGUGCUGAAGAUGCUGUUGGGUGGCAAGGGCGAGGUGAAGAUGGUAACUCUGAUCAAGGGGUUCCAGGCGGCGGCGGCGCAGGUCGGGGACCUCGGCAAAAGAGCAGAUGUUUUCCGGCUGCUGCUCGACAAGGGGGUGGCGGGAGAGGUUGUUGACGCGCAGCUGGUGUCUGCUGCCAAGUGUGGGAUUGAGGGCGAGAGGCUGGUUCGCCUCUUGCUCGAGUUCGGCGCGAGUGUCGACUACGAUGCCGGCGAGGCCAUCUGGAACGCAACUCGCAGUGCCAUCCUGGGGAGUCUCAAGUUGAUGCUCGGCGUCGAGAAGGUGGGAGAGCGGCAGAAGACGCCAUCCCAGACAACGCUGCUCAGGUCUCUCAAGGCUAGCAAGAAACUCGGCAGUGACCUGCGAUACCAGGUCAUCCAGUGGCUCUUCCAAGCGGGGCUCACGCCCUGCGAGGAGAUCAACAUCGCCUUGAACAGGGCAGUUAAGGACGAACCCGAUUCCCGGCUUGUUCGGCUUCUGCUCGAACACGGAGCAUCUCCGUUGGCCAACGGCUGCGAAACCUUGAUAGACGCCGCCCAGUUGCUGUUGGACGAUAUCUUGUCCAUCCUCCUAGAGGCUGACAUACCGGCCAAGGAUGCGUCAUGGGCAUUCCAGCAGGCUUUCACUCCGGGGACGGCCACGACGUGGCUCACGGAGAAAGGUCUUCAUGUUGCGAAGAUGCUCCUGCAUAAGGGCGCAGAAGGAGAGUGCCUUGCUGUGGCUCUAAGCACCGCGAUUGACGCCUACGGAUCAGACAUUGACGCGGUAGCACGCGGAUUUGCUCAGGCAUUGCUACAGUUCAAUGUCGAUGUCAGUCACGAGCACGGGCUGGUUCUCCAGAAGGCGGCCCAGAAGGCGGACUCGGAAUUGAUCCAGCAGAUCCUACAGCAAAGACCGGAUUCGAUCGCGGUCUCGAUGGCGUUUCCAUACAUCUUCGACGCGGACCUUUCGGAAUCUGAAACUCUCCAUCUCAUUGAGCUGUUUGUGAACUACUAUGAAGGGGGGGAGAGGCUCGAUGUUAUGUUUGUCCAUCCCGUAUCCGAGCCGAUCCUGUUCCGGGCGCUGAACAAGUUUCCUCGCUCGGUGAGAAUCCUCAAGACACUGCUCGACGCCGGCUAUUAUCAUGACCAAACAACGGUCAUGCGGGUCAUGGAUGAUGUCGAGGAGCCAGAGCAAGUGAGCCUCCUAUUUUGGUCUCUUUCGCAGCCUCAGAAGAAAGUCAGCAGCGCGGUCAUCGAGCUGCUGAUCGACUCUGGCGCCAAGGUCGAUUUUGAGACCCGCGUGACCAAGACGACACCGCUCACGGUCGCGAUUCAGAACCGCCGGCACGACUUGGUAAAGAGCCUUGUUCUUGCCGGAGCCGAGGUUGAUGUGGUCGACGCAACCGGCAACACGCCGAUGACGCUGGCCACCCGGAUCGGCGGUGAUCUCGGCAUCUCUCUCAUGUCGAGCAUCCUCGCCGCCGACCCGUCGAUCAAUGACGGGUCAUUGCACAAUGCGGCCCGAGACCUCAACCUGAAGGCCAUGCAGGUGCUCGUAGAGCACGGUCACGACGUUGACUUCCCAAGCACCCUGCACGGCGGCCGUAGUGCGCUGGGCGAGCUGUGCCUGAACGCCGCCCACGCCGGCCCACUGACGGCUGCCCAGGAAAAGCAGAUGGAGAAAGCCAUGGCAUUCCUCAUCAGCAAGGACUCAGACCUCACGAUUCAGUCGGAUGGCAAAUCCGUUCUCCUCCUCGCCCUCCACUCGACCGACCCCAUCCCCACCACGCGCGCGCUGCUCAAGGUAGGCCUGUGGAAACACGUCAACAAGCCGUACAACCACUACACCGACGGGACCUACACUUACUCGGCCACGCAAUACGUCGCCCGCGUGCUCCCCUGCUCCGACGAUCUCCGACCACAGCUCCUCCAGCUCCUUAAGGCCAACCGCGCCAUCGACGUGUACUACGCCAACGACGGGCCGCAGCCCAAGGACGCAGUGAACCUGCCGCCCGAGCUCCUCCGCGCCGAGCGCGAACGCCGCGCGCGAGAAGAGCGCAUCGCCAAAGAAAACGAGGAACACGCGAUAGCGCUGGCGCGCACAAAGGAGAUUGCCCAGAUUCAGAACCAGAUCUUCGUGGCCCGCGCGGAGCUCGAAGACGCCCGCGCCCGCAGGAAGCGGGAGGACGAGAUGGCGGCGCUGCGGGAGAGGCAGGCGGCCGAAGAGGCGGCGUUCGCGGCCGAGCUGCAGCGCCGGAAGGCGGCGCGCGAAGCGGCCAUCGCGCACGAGCAGCGGCUCACCGAGGCCGGCCUCACCCGGGCGAGGCUGGUGGCGGAUGCGGAGCUGGAGAUGGAGGGGAAGAAGCGGGAGAUGAUGAUCAAGUGGGAGAGGGACAUGUCGCGACAGAAGGAGAACGACGCCAAGGCGCUGAGCAGCAUCAGGAUCAAGGAGAGGGAGGCGAUCGAGCGCCUGGAUGCCGCGGCCGAUGAGAGAGCGACCAGGAGGAUCGCGGAGCAGAGGAGGUUGGUGGAGGGGCAGACCGCGCUGGCGGCGAGGCUGGCGAACGGGGCGGGCGGGCUGGAUAGGAGGCAGAUUGGCUAUGUUACCGGGGAGCUGGACUAAAAAAGGCUCUGGAUAUUUUUAACCUUGUUUGUUUGUUGGUUGGCGGCCGAUGGCUGUGCUUCAGUUCAGGGUGGACGAACUAAUAAUUAACUCACCCCUUGAUCAUCCCCCUAUCUCGCUGGGUGGGCAAGCCAUGGAUUAAAAUCCCGAGUAUUAUAUACUUUGUUGAAAGUUGAAAUGGUCCUGUUGUUAACAAAUUUAUAUGUUCACUUCAUUAUGUGCAACAUCUGAGUUGCACUGGCAACAUCA